AUGUUAAUGCUUUCAGCUGCUGUUUCAAUGUUGAUAGCAGUUACAUCAGCACUCAAUGGAAAUCUCCCAUACUACAACUGGAACGAAGAGAUCUUCAGAAAUGACGUCGCUAAUGCAGUCAUUAAGCUCAAGGCAUAUAACGGUUGGAGAACAACACAUGCCAAUGAUCACGAUAGUGUUACAUGCGGUUUAGAAGUUGUUUCAGAGGCUAGAUUCUCAUUAGAAGCCGAGCUUUUCAACAGCUACAAGUAUACCUCAUAUGUAAGAAUUAGACCAAUUCAAUGGAUGCCAGUUUAAUUCGAUCUCAACUAUCAAUUCUACAACGACUUCAACCUUGUUCUCGUUGCUAAGACAUGGGCCUAAUUCGGAGUAAUUACCAGCUGGAUUUACCAAAACAACAAAGCUUACACCGGCUCUAUUAUUGAUCCAAUUCUCGAUAGCUCCAAGAAAUUCGAUGAUGUCUAACACGGCUAUGUUGAACCACCCUUCUACGAAAAGUACGAAGAGCAAUCUGAAGGCAAACAAACUGGAUACUGGAACUGGGCACCAAUGUCAAAUGAGGGUUUCACAAAGACCUACUUCUCCUGGACUAUCUGGCAGUGA